CAAAGGUAUGACAGCUAAAUAAUGUGACUUGUUUGUUGAUGUCUAUAGCUUUAUGGAGGACACAUAUCCCCAAUUUAAGUCAUAGGAAUGGUUUAAAUAGGAUUAAUACAUACCAUUCGAACUAUAAAAAAUUAAAAAGAUUAUAAUUGGAUUACUUCUAUAUCUUCAAAAUGAAUCUUCAAGGGAUACACGUUAUAAUUUUCCUGGCAGUCGUCCAUGGUGCAUUGUCAAGUUUACGUAGGGUAUGUUAUUACACAAACUGGGCACAGUACAGACCAGGCACAGGGAAGUAUGUCCCCGAGGACAUGAAUGCACAUCUAUGUACACAUAUCAUAUAUUCAUUUGCCAAAUUAAAUGGUAACCGACUGGCUCCUUUUGAAUGGAAUGAUGAUUCCACUGAAUGGAUGAAAGGAAUGUAUGCAAAAUUUAAUGCAAUAAAAGCACAAAAUCCUAGAAUAAAGUCACUCCUUGCUAUUGGAGGAUGGAAUAUGGGUUCAGAACCAUUUACACAAAUGGUGAAAACAUCAAAAUCCAGGCAGGAAUUUGCCCAAAGUGCUAUUGAUUUCCUAAGAAAGAGAAACUUUGAUGGUCUCGAUUUAGAUUGGGAAUAUCCUGCGAAUAGAGGAAGUCCUCCUGUAGAUAAAAAUAGAUUUACCUUAUUGGUUCAACAACUACGAGAUGCAUUUGAUAGAGAUGCACGUACAACUGGACGAUCACGUCUUUUGAUAACCGCUGCAGUCGCUGCUGGGAAGAAAAAUAUUGACAGUGGUUAUGAUGUCGCUGCUAUUGGAAGAUUAAUGGACUUUAUAAGUAUAAUGACUUAUGAUCUUCAUGGAAGCUGGGAGUCUGUAACUGGCCAUAACAGUCCAUUAUUUGCCAGGAGUGGCGAGACAGGAAAAGAAAGAUAUCUUAAUCUGGCCUGGGCAGCUAAUUAUUGGAAUAAAAUGGGUGUACCAAAGUCUAAACUUAAUAUUGGAAUGGGAUUGUAUGGAAGGUCUUUUACAUUAAAAGAUCGUAAUGUACAUAAUGUUGGAGCGCAAACAUCCGGAAAAGGGCUUGCUGGAAAAUAUACACGAGAAGCUGGUUUCUUAUCAUACUAUGAGGUUUGUGAUAUGAUGAAAAAAGGAGGAAAGAAAUAUUACAUCAACGAACAAAAGGUACCGUACUUGGUGAAAGAUGAUCAAUGGGUUGGAUACGAUGAUGUCGAUAGUCUGUCCAUCAAGGUUCAGUAUGUCAAACAGCAAAGAUUUGGUGGUAUCAUGGUAUGGGCUUUAGACCUUGACGAUUUUAAAGGAACAUGUGGUCAAGGCACAUAUCCUUUACUUAAGAGAAUAAAUCAAGAAAUAGAAGGAUCAAGGUUCCAACCCGAGUAUCCAAUGAACGAUAUACCUAACGUACCAGAAAUAUACAAUCCCAUUCCACCAAGACAGACACCUAAACUAGAUAUACCUAACGUACCAGAAAUAUACAAUCCCAUUCCACCAAGACAGACACCUAAACUGGAUAUACCUAACGUACCAGAAAUAUACAAUCCCAUUCCACCAAGACGGACACCUAAACUGGAUAUACCUAACGUACCAGAACUAUACAUUGCACCAAGACAGACACAUAAACGAAGAAGGAAACAAAAGACAAUACAACCACAGGUCGACGCCAGGAAAGUGGUCAAUCCUAGACCUCCAAGACAACAACACAUUAAAAGCGUCGAUCAGCUACGAUCAAGAAGUAAGGAUUUUUCUUGCAUAAAAGGAAAUGAUGGAUAUUUUGCAAGUCCAACAUCAUGCUCUGAAUACUAUAUGUGUACAGAUGGAACUGCCUUUAAGUUCAAUUGUGCUUCAGGUCUUAAAUUUAAUGCAGAGCAUAACUUUUGUGAUUGGCCAAAGAAAGUAAAAUGUACCGAUAAAAAAGGAAGAUCUUCUAAAAAAGCUGUAAGACCAGGGCAAAAAUCUUCUACACAACAUACAAUAAAUGAACCAGCUCCACCGCCACGACCUCCUGUGCAUAGACCGGAACCUCCAACAUGGCAUCCAUCACAACCGCAGCAGUCAACUUCAACCAGUGGUUGGAACUUCGAUGCUCCAGCCAAAGGACCUCCACCACCGGCUCCGACCACUCCAACCACAGCUCAGCAGCAUCGUAGUGCUUGGGAUUGGGUAUCUAUGAUUGAUAACCAAAUGCCGUUCUUCAUGAGUCUGUUUGGAAACAAUGAUAUGUUUGCAGAUUUCUGUGCAAGUCGUACAAAUGGAAUAUAUCCAGAAAGUGCGAAUUGUAGAGGAUUUAUAGAAUGUUCUGAUGGUGUGUCUUUCAAAGGAGCAUGUGGUCCUAGUCUAGCCUUUAAUCCACGCCAAAAAACAUGUGACUACACAUAUAAUGUACCCGGAUGUUCAUAAAACAACUCAAUCAUGAUCCUGGUUAUUUAUUAUCUUAGUGCAUAUAGCGCUUACUGUGUGAAGUACUUAUUAUCGUUUGUACGUUGUACAUACAAAUAAUCCAGCAAGGUAUUUUGCAACUCGGCACAUGCUAUGGGAAUCGUUGUGUGUUUCUUAUAGUGAUCAGGAAGUGCUUCUGCUUUAUGAUUUUGAUUUUACCUGUUAACUUGUUAAUCAAAUAUAAAAAAAAAUAGUCAUAUCUGAUUCUAUGGUAUUUUAUUUUUUAAAAUCAGAAGUACUUGUAUAAUGCAUAUAUUUUUUACGUGUGUAAGAACUACAUUUUUUGCGCUUUCAAAUUUCUAUAUUUCUCUCAGUAGAAUUAUAACUAGAGCUGUUGUCAUAUUAACAAUGAAAUUAUCUACACCAUG